AUGUUGAUCUACCACUGCCCCGAAGGCUACUACCCCUACCCCGCCCUGGUCCGUCUGUGUCAAAACAGCAACAAGUGGAAACCAGCGCCCAAAAGAUUCUUACAGCAGAGAUGCAGGCUUGUCGAAUGUCCUGACCCCAAUGUGCUGGAGCACGGAGGUGUGUGGCCUGCUCAGGAGAAAUACUUUGUGGGCAAUGAGACCAUGUAUGAAUGUUACUCUGGACACACGAUGCGAGGCUCCUCCCGGCGUGUGUGUUUGAGCAACGGGAAGUGGAGUGGACAAACCCCCAUCUGCAGCAGAGACAGUAAUAUGUGCGCUGACCCAGGAAUCCCACCCGGUGCCACAAGAACAGGGAACUUAUUUGACUUUCAGGACACAGUGAAAUACCACUGCAAAGACAACCUGAUUUUGGUGGGCUCCAAGACGAGAGUGUGUCAGGAGAACGGCCAGUGGACGGGCAAGGAGCCAGCGUGCUACUACAAACACACUUACGAUACUCCACUGGAGGUUUCGCAGGCAUUCGGGAGUGCCAUCACAGAAACUCUCACCACCUUAGAGUCCCUUGGCCCAACCAUUUUACCCAGCGCUGCCUCGCCCUUCACCUCACCCCCGAGCGUCACCCCCAGCGCCCCUCCGCUCGAAGACGAUAACGAGCCUGUUAACGUCACCAUCACUGUCCAAACUACCGCCAAUAACGUGGGAAAUGGGCAGCCAUGGCUGAGGCCGUCCGACAGGCUUGAUGACCAGGACAGCAUGGACAACCGGUCCAGGGCAGAAGGAAGGAACCACCGACGGAUACGGACCACCAGGAACCACCACUGGGACGGGACACCUGGACACAGGGAGAAGAGGAGGCGCAGCGAGCAGGGGGGCCAGGAUCAGAGGAGCAAACACCCCCUGAGCGGAAGCAGUUACCUCAACACCGAUGGGACUCGAGCAACUCGGACUCCCACCUCCACCCGGGAAAUUCCGGUACGCGGGGAUGAAGAAGAACUGGAGCUCGCAGACGAUCGGGCUCCGGGCUUCUCCUCAGCGUCACCCGCUAACUUAGGCUGGGAAUCGUCGCGCGCCACGGCCCCCUCCGCAACCACGCCAAGAAGCACCGAGGACGCCCCUGCAUCUCCCGGUACCGUCACCGCCUCGUCAUACUCAGGCAAAACAAGUCAAGAGGUUCGGAGUGAUUGCACGGAAGAUGGUGUUGAAAUUGCGGGAGGUCAUUACACACUGACCAAGCAGCUGAAGGUUGACAGCAUGUUGAUCUACCACUGCCCCGAAGGCUACUACCCCUACCCCGCCCUGGUCCGUCUGUGUCAAAACAGCAGCAAGUGGAAACCAGCGCCCAAAAGAUUCUUACAGCAGAGAUGCAGGCUUGUCGAAUGUCCUGACCCCAAUGUGCUGGAGUACGGAAGUGUGUGGCCUCCUCAGGAGAAAUACUUUGUGGGCAAUGAGACCACGUAUGAAUGUUACUCUGGACACACGAUGCGAGGCUCCUCCCGGCGUGUGUGUUUGAGCAACGGGAAGUGGAGUGGACAAACCCCCAUCUGCAGCAGAGACACUGCAGGUAUCUGCGCUGACCCAGGAAUCCCACCCGGUGCCACAAGAACAGGGAACAUAUUUGACUUUCAGGACACAGUAAAAUACCACUGCAAAGACAACCUGAUUUUGGUGGGCUCCAAGACGAGAGUGUGUCAGGAGAACGGCCAGUGGACGGGCAAGGAGCCAGCGUGCUACUACAAACACACUUACGAUACUCCACUGGAGGUUUCGCAGGCAUUCGGGAGUGCCAUCACAGAAACUCUCACCACCUUAGAGUCCCUUGAUGACACACAGGAGGGAAGAAAAAUCAGACUUACCAAAAAUGGGACACUGAACAUCUACAUCGCUGUGGAUAUUUCUGAGAGCAUUGAAAAGGAUCAGUACGAGAAAGCCAGAGAUGCUGUCACAAAGCUUAUUAGAAAGAUUUCGUCCUACAGCGUGACUCCAAACUAUGAAAUAGUGUUUUUCUCUUCUGAAGUAUAUGAAAUCGUCAACAUUCUUGAUUUCUUUGGGGGCGGAGUGACUCUGAGCACCGUCGAAAAGAAGUUGAAAGACUUUACAAUAGAUGAUAAAAACACUGGAACGGAUCUGACCCAGGUCUUCAACAAGUUCUUGGAGAAAAUGGCAUUCUUGAAGAUUCAACUUGGAGAAGAUGUUUUCAGGGAGCAUCGCCACGUCUUUCUCAUCUUCACAGACGGGGGGUAUAACAUGGGAGGGUCACCCGCACCGUCUGUGGCAAGGAUCAAGAACACGGUGUACAUGAACCACACCGCUCAAUCCCAAAACCUAAACAGAGAAGAUCAUCUCGAUAUUUAUAUUUUUGCCAUCGGGGCUCAAAUCUUUGACGAUGACCUGCAGCCGCUGGUUGUGGGGAAAGAGGGCAAGCAUUACUUCAGAAUGAAGGACAUCAAAAAUCUACAAGAAACCUUUGAUGAGAUAAUUGACGAGGAAGAGGUCAAAGGCCUCUGUGGUCUUCACAGAAGUUAUGACGAAGAGAGCCCCAGAAGAAGGUAUCCAUGGUACGCAUUAAUCGUUGUGCUGAAUGAAGGAAGCCCAAGGAAGUGUUUCGGCUCUCUUGUGUCGCGGAGGUUUGUCCUCACCGCCGCUCACUGCUUCAAAUUUGGUGAUGAACCCAAGCAUGUGACUGUCGAGAUAGAGGAUGGACAGGUCAAACAAGUUGCAGACUUCAAGUUACAUCCCAACUACGACGUGGAUGCGAAAGCAGCUUUAGGUGUGCAAGAGUUUUACGACUAUGACGUGGCUCUCAUCCAGCUGGAGGACGACGUUCAGAUCUCCACCUCAGUGAGACCUAUUUGCAUCCCUUGCACUCAGGAGACGAGUGACGCUCUAAAGCUGGUCGGCGCUUCCACUUGCAGACAACAAGAACUCCAAAUAUCUGAUUGUUCCUCCAACUCGUUGAUGCAGAGAAAGGAAUGUAUCAAACAUGCAUUGGAAGCACAGGGGAUAGAUACGGACAACCCAGAGGAGGCGGUGACAGAGAACUUCCUGUGCACUGGCGGUAUUUCCCAUCGCAGAGAGCAUAUCGCUUGUAAAGGUGACUCUGGAGGUGCCGUUUUCAAGAACUAUCAGAAUCGGACAAUUCAGGUCGCAGUGGUCAGCUGGGGAACUAAGAAUCUGUGCACGGAUUUGGGUGGUAAAUUUGAGUCAGAUAAGACCUCCAGAGACUUCCACAUCAACCUUUUCAGAGUCGUCCCUUUUCUCAGAUCUAUUCUUGGAAACGACACACAGGAUGUUUAUGCGCCCCUUUUGUUUUUGAACGAAUAAGCACGUUGGCGAUAG